AUGCUCCCGACCUCCCUCGUCUGGAUCUUCUCGCUCUGCUUGCUAAGCGGGGCGCUCGCAGCGGAGUCAUUUUACAAGAUAUUAGGCGUUGGGCGGGACGCAUCAGAAUCUGAGCUCAAGAAGGCUUACAGGAAACUGUCCAAAAAAUAUCAUCCGGACAUCAAUCCCGACGAGGCGGCUCAUGAGCGCUUCAUUGAGGUGUCCAAGGCGUAUGAGGUGCUCUCAGAUGAUGAGCGGAGAAAAAUAUACGACCGACAUGGCGAGGAAGGGCUGAAGCAGCACGAGGCGCAGAAGCAGGCUGGGCGUAACGAUCCAUUUGCGCGGUUCUUCGGCGGAGGUGGUAAUGAAGUCCAAAGAGGACCAGGGAUGAUAACGAAUCUUGAAGUCUCGCUAGCGGACAUGUAUACCGGCCGCACUGUCGAAUUCCAAAUACCUCGCAAGAUCAUAUGUCGAUACUGCCAUGGCUCAGGCGCACAGUCCGAAGGGGACAUCCACGAGUGUCGGACAUGUGGCGGAAGAGGGGUUGUCAUUCAGAGGCAUCAGGUCUUCCCCGGCAUGUUCUCCAACGUCCAAAUGACAUGUAAUCAAUGCGCAGGUAAAGGACGCCAAAUCACCCGCCCAUGUCCGACCUGCGCCGGCCAAAAAGUCGAGCAGAUCCAACAUGACCUCGCGGUACAUAUCCCAGCGGGCGCACCGGAGGGGUAUGAGGAGGUCUUCCAUGGCGAGGCGGACGAGUCGACAGACUGGGAGGCGGGAGACGUCAUGGUGAGGGUGCGGAGUCAGCGGCCUGUGGGUGGAUCAGGAGAAGGACGGGAAGGGGGUCAGUGGGGACGACACGAGAGCGGGAUUUUGGGCCGAGUGGUACUGGGCGUGGGAGAGGCUUUACUUGGGUUCGAGCGGAACUUGACACAUCUUGAUGGGAGAACUAUCACCGUUAAGCGGGACGGAACGACGCAGCCUGGGGAGGUCGAGGUGAUAGAAGGCGAAGGGAUGCCGGCUUUCCAGGAUGUUCCAGCUGGGGAUAUGUACAUCGAGUACUCGAUCGUUUUCCCGACCAAGAUAUCAGAUACGAAUCAAAAGAGAAUAGCAGACAUCUUUGGAGGAGCACCGGGAAGUCAGUUGCGGGACGAGUUGUGA